CAAUAUUAUUCACUGAACUGCAUAAAAAGAUUGAUAAGUUUGGUCCAUAAACUAUAAUGCUACUACAUUCAGCCAUGGCAGCGACUUCUUCUUAUAUGGCUUGUGCAAAAUUCUCUAUGUUGGGUUAUGCUGGAAGAAGAAUCCAACUGAGAAGCAGAAGAGACUUCUUUAUAAGAGCUCAGCAGCAACCUGGUGAAGUCCAAGAACCACAAGAACUGAAAAUACAAGAACCACAAGUACAGAGAGAAAAAGGAGAGCCAAAAGGAACAGUGCCAAGGCCAGUGGAGACACAAUUGAAUGUGAAGAGUAGGAACAUGGCGAGAGAAUAUGGUGGGGAUUGGCUUAGCUGUGCCACAAGGCAUGUGAGGAUUUAUGCUGCUUAUAUAGACCCAGAAACCUGUGCAUUUGAUCAGACACAGAUGGAUAAGCUCACCAUUAUACUUGAUCCAACCAAUGAGUUUGUGUGGACUCCAGAGACUACCAACAAGGUCUACUCCUACUUCCAAGAGCUUGUGGAUCACUAUGAGGGUGCAGAUUUGACAGAAUACACUCUGCGUCUGAUUGGUUCAGACAUAGAGCACUACAUAAGGAAGCUUCUCUAUGACGGAGAAAUCAAAUACAACAUGGAUGCAAGAGUCCUUAACUUCAGCAUGGGUAAGCCUCGCGUUAUGUUCAAUAACAACGAAUUUCAACCUCAGGAUGUAUGAUGAUAAGAUUGAGAGUCAUCAAACAGAAAAGCUGGAGAAAGAAGAUGAACAUAUUAGGUUUGAUGAAGGAGUAAUGUCUUCCCUUCCAUCUAUUCCUACUCAUUGAAGGUCAAUAUGUGAUUAUGUAGAGAGAGAUAUACAUCUGAAUUUGUUUCUCUAGAAGUAAACUGCUCCGAAAUGAAGAGCGAAAAGAUUAUCAAGAAAUUUGAUUCAAUUGAUGGGAUUAAAGGCUGAUC